AUGGCGCGCGAAAACGUCUUCCACGUCGAAAAGCACGCCAACGACGCGCUGCACAACCCGCCGAAGCGAGGGCGGACGCACACGGUGCGAGAGAUCGAGGCCGCGGCGCGCGCGCUCGGACGCGCGACGACGAAGGACGACGACGGCGACGGCGACGGCGAUGGCGACGGCGUCGCCGCGGGCGACGUCGUCGUCGUCGAUGGAUGCGUCGUGCGCGUCGACGCGACGCGAAAACGAUCGACGAAGACGACGCGCGCGCGCGAGUCCGCGCUCGCGACGAGCGGGGCGCUGGGUAAGGGCAAACGAAGAGCGCUCGCGGAGGAGGACAGGUGGAAGACGAUGUCGCGCAUCGAGAGCGGCGGGACGGCCGGCGCGGCGGCGCUUCGAGAGGCGAGGCGAGCGACGUUGGGACUGUCGCGCGGAGUUCGUGGGGAACGGGGCGACGACGACGGACCGGUCGUCGUGCCGGAGGGAGAUUUACGCUUCGUCGACGGUUGGGCGGUCGGACGUCUGGACGGCGCGGCGGAAGGUUCGGAGACAGUAACGGGCGCGAGAUCGCUCGAUAGAUCGCCCGACGGCGUCGCGGUGAAGUCGAAAUCGAUCGAUGUAUCGUUCGGACGCGCGAAGAAGAAGCGGCGAGACGCGGGACGAGUCGCGGAGACGACGACGACGAGUCGACGCGUCGGCGGUUUAUCGUUCGACGUCGAAGAAGAUUAG